CCUCAUACCCAAGUGAGAGAAACCCACGAUUCUCUUCUCUAUAUAAAUUGGAGGGCCCUCCCAUUGGCUGACUUCACCAAAAAGCCCCCUUGCAAAAUCAACACAAAAGGGUAAAAUUAUCAAACUAGAGAUCAAGAGAAGAUGAGCAGAAGCACUAAGACCUCCAUGGGAGAAGGCAAGAUGAAGAAGGAGAAGAAGGUUUCAUGGAGAUCAAGAUCGUCUCUUGGAGGUUAUAUACGAGAGCAAAAAGGAAGGCUUUACAUUAUUCGAAGUUGCAUCGUAAUGCUUCUUUGUUGGCAUGACUGAAUUUGACGAUGUUCGAUCUUCGUACCUCAUUUCUUGCUCAUCAAAAGAGCUCAUGCUAAUAGAGAUACUUUCAACGAGUUGAGUAUCAAUUCAUGGAGAUCAAGAUGAUCAUCUCCCUUUUUGUUUAAUUAGUUUAUAUGUUUC